AUGGCCCCACACGCCAACGACUUCGAUGGCAGUGCCACUGGCGUUAGCUUGACCAACCAAGCGAUGGCACCAUCCAACUCCUUCACGGUGUCUUCGCCAAACGUCGCCUACACCGAUGACACCAUCACCAGCAAGUACACCUACCGUACCACCGCGAUCGAUACCAGCAAUGGCAAGGUCGUGGCUACGCCAAAGGAGACGGUGUACGACUUCAAGACCGAGCGUAAAGUCGGCAAAGUCGGCUUGAUGAUGGUCGGCUGGGGCGGCAACAACGGCUCUACCGUCACGGCUGGCAUCAUGGCCAACCGCCAGAACCUCGUCUGGGAUACACGUGAGGGCCAGCGUGCUGCCAACUACUACGGAUCCCUGGUCAUGGCCUCGACCACCAAGCUUGGCGUCGACAGCAAAUCCGGCAAGGACAUCAACAUCCCGCUGCACGAUGCAAUGCCGAUGGUCCACCCCAACGACCUGGUCAUUGGCGGAUGGGACAUCAGCUCGCUCGACAUGGCGGCCUCGAUGGACCGCGCUCAAGUCUUGGAGCCUACCCUCAAGCAGAUGGUCAGGAAGCAGAUGUCGGCUAUGAAGCCACUUCCAAGCAUCUACUACCCAGACUUCAUCGCUGCCAACCAGGGCGAGCGUGCCGACAACACCAUCGCAGGCGACAAGGCGUGCAUGGACCACGUUGAACACCUUCGCAAGGAUAUUCGUGACUUCAAGUCCCAGAACGGCCUGGACAAGGUCAUCGUGAUGUGGACUGCCAACACUGAACGCUACGGCGAUCUCGUGCCUGGUGUCAACGACACUGCCGACAACCUCAUGAAGUCCAUUGAGUCUGGGCAUGCUGAGAUUGCGCCCUCCACCGUCUUCGCAGUGGCUUGCAUCAAGGAGGGAGCACCCUUCAUCAACGGCUCGCCGCAGAACACCUUUGUUCCUGGCUGCAUCGAGCUCGCUGACCAGCACGGUGCCUUCAUUGGUGGCGACGAUUUCAAAUCUGGUCAAACCAAGAUGAAGUCCGCUCUCGUCGACUUCCUCAUCAAUGCCGGCAUCAAGCUCACCUCGAUUGCAAGCUACAACCACCUCGGCAACAACGACGGCAAGAACCUCUCCAGCCAGAAGCAGUUCCGCUCAAAGGAGAUCAGCAAGUCGAAUGUUGUUGACGACAUGGUCGCUGCCAACUCCUGCCUCUACAAGGAGGGCGAGCACCCAGACCACACCGUCGUCAUCAAGUACAUGCCCGCCGUUGGGGACAACAAGCGUGCCCUCGACGAAUACUACGCCGAGAUCUUCAUGGGCGGCCACCAGACUAUCUCGCUCUUCAACGUCUGCGAGGACUCGCUGCUCGCUUCGCCGCUGAUCAUCGAUCUGGUCGUCAUCGCUGAGCUCAUGACCCGUAUCCAGUGGCGCAACCACGGCGAGCAGGACUGGAAGAGCUUCCACAGCGUGCUGAGCGUUUUGAGCUACAUGCUCAAGGCGCCCAUGACGCCGCCUGGAACUCCGGUCGUCAAUGCGCUCGGCAAGCAGAGGAGCGCUUUGGUCAAUAUUAUGCGGGCUUGUGUGGGCUUGGAGCCGGAGAACGACAUGACGCUUGAGCACAAGCUGUUCUAG